AAUUUGAUCGGUACAUAUUGAAUGGCAAAAACUCGUAGAGCACCUGCAAAUUGCCGCGUUUGUUGCCUUGCCCAGCAUCGUCCUCGCAGAUUCAACCCCAGAUUCAUGGAUCACCACAAAUUCAAUCCCCUUACCCUUCAAUUUCAUUACUCCCACUUGUUUUUUGCUCUCACAUUCUUCCUUCGCGGAAUUCAUUCGCAAGCCUCAAAGUUUAUCCAUCGUUCUCACCGAUUGGGGUCUCAAUUGUUGCGGCUAGGUGCGCGCACGCGCGCGCUCGAUCGAUUUAAUCUCGAAUUUGAAAUUUCAUGCAGCGUUUGGUUUCCAUUUGAUUUGGUUUUGGUGUUUUGCGUGCAGAUAUACAAUUUGGGGGCGCGUAAAGCUGCCUAGGGUUUUCGUGUUGCGGGGAUGGGUCAUUCCGACAACGAGACUAGCAAAAAGAGCAAUGCCGAUCCUGAUAUAGUUUCCGAUUCUGAAGGCACGGUCAGCCGGCAGACGAGCCAUGCUUCUCUGUGCGGAACGGAGGACGAGGAGGAAUUCGCGAAUCUUCAAUUGGGGCCGAAGAUGAGCAUCAAGGAACACCUUGAGAAAGACAAGGAUGAUGAGAGCUUGAGGAGGUGGAAGGAACAGCUCCUAGGAGGCGUGGAUGCUGAUGCUGUUCAAGAGAAUUUAGAACCAGAUGUGAAAAUCUUUAGCCUUUCCAUACUGUCUGCUGGUAGACCUGACAUUGUGCUUCCGAUCACUGAGGGUCAGGACCCGAAGGGGCCAUGGUUUACGCUGAAGGAAGGCAGCAAAUACCGGCUGAAAUUUUCCUUCAAGGUCAGCAACGACAUCGUCUGUGGCCUCAAGUACACCAACACUGUCUGGAAAUCUGGCCUGAAAGUUGAUAGCACCAAAGAAAUGCUGGGAACUUUCAGUCCUCAGGCAGAGCCGUACACACACGAAAUGCCUGAAGACACUACGCCGUCUGGGCUCUUUGCCAGAGGAUCAUACAGUGCAAAAUCGAAGUUUGUGGAUGAUGACAACAAAUGCUACCUGGAAAUCAACUACACUUUUGACAUCCAGAAAGAUUGGCCAUCAAACUAGCAAAAUCUUGUGCUGCUGAUGCUCUUGUUCAUCAUUCUGGAAGGGGAGUUAUCAAUUUCUAUCUUUUUGUUUUUUUAAUUUAUUAUUUUUUUAUAUAUAUAUAAAAAAAAAAGUUAAAACAUUACUGUUAUUUCUUUAGUUUCUAGUUAUACUUUGAAUUAUAGGGAAUUCUGAGUCUUCUUGAUUGGUCAUUCUUGUAGUAAUAUACAUGGGUGUUUAUUAUUUAUUUAAUAUUAUUAUUAUUUUUAUUAUUAUUUUGUUUUUGUAAUUUUUAGAAUUUGUGACAGAUGCAAAUCGCAAUGGUUCUUGCU